UGAAUUUAAACCUGUAACUAUAAAUGAAAAAGAAAUAAAGAUAAAAUCAUCAAUCAAUCAUCAGCAUUCAAUAAAGAUUCAACCAGUCUUCAAUAAAAACAAAUCUCAUUAAUCAUCAUGUUCAAAUUCGUUGCUUUCUUAUGUGUUAUUGCCGUCGCUAAAGCUGGUAUCCUUACUCCAUCAUUGAGUAUUGCUGCUCCUCCAACUAUUGUAUCAGCUGCACCAGCUUUGAAUAUUGUAAGGACUGCACCAAUUGCUUUGGGUACAACUACUAUUGGAGCUCCAUUAGGCCUUACUAGUGGAAUUAUCUCCAAUGGACUGAUUUCUGGUGGAUUGAUCUCAAAUGGAAUUGGGUCUGGUGGAUUAGUUUCAAAGGGUUUGAUCUCUGGUGGAUUAGUGUCUGGUGGAAUUAUUAACAGUGGUUUAGUAUCCUCAGGAAAACUGUUGAUCUAAUUAAAUGAUAGUUAAAAGAAGUAAGUUCCUAAAUUUUUGAUACUGAUGGAAAAAUAAAAUGAAAAAUCGAAAAU